AUGGCUUCCAUGACAAUGACAGCCUCGUUCUUGGGUGGCUCAGCCGCAGCAGCCACCACCAAACGGCUCCCAAGCACCACUGCCCGCCGUGGCAUGAUGGUGGUUAAGGCCUCCAAAGAUUCCCAUAGUGGAAAGAUGAUGGAAGAGAGUAACAGCAGCACCAGAAGGGACUUGAUGUUUGCAGUGGCUGCUGCUGCUGCAUGCUCCAUUGCCAAAGUUGCCAUGGCGGAUGAGCCCAAACGGGGUUCCCUGGAUGCUAAAAAGAAGUAUGCACCUGUUUGUGUUACUAAUCCAACUGCACGCAUUUGUCGCUACUAA